CAAAACUGUGAAGUACAAGGACAGUUGAAAAAUGAAAGAGGAUCUUGCAUGAGACCAUCUGUCAUAUAUCACAGUGUGCUGCUGGGUGUGUGCCGGGAGUUUGCCAAGGCAGCGUAGGACUGGGAUCAGCAUGGCAUGGACAAAGCUCUUCAUUUUACUGCUGGUCACUUAUCAAGGUGACUGUGUUCUGAGAGCAAUCAAUAGCUACAUUUCUGGCUUUGAAAGACAAUCAGUCAGUGUCAAGUGCGCCUAUGACCAAGGAUAUGCAGGCUAUGUUAAAUACUGGUGCCGAGGAGAAGACUGGGACAAUUGUGAAACAGUGCAACAAAGUGAUUCUCAAAGCCAAGGCAAUAAAAUUGUUAUUAAUGACUUUCGGGGUGUGUUCACAGUGACAAUUAACAGUCUGGAGAAAUCUGAUGCGGGCACCUACUGGUGUGCAAUUCAAAGAUGGGGAUAUGAUUAUAACGCUCAUCUACAGCUUGAAGUUAAAGAAGGUGUCUCCACUCUGUCAGUGAGAAAUAGUGCCAUCUCAGGUUUUGAAGGACAAGCAGCCAGCAUGCAAUGUUCCUAUAAUAUGGGAUACUCAACCUUUGUUAAGUAUUUCUGCAGAGGAGACAGGAGUUGGAAUUGUGAAAUAAUGCGUAAAACCAGCCAGAGUCAAAAAAAUGGAGAUAAAUUUUUUCUCACUGAUGAUAAAACCCGUGGAGUUUUCACAAUGACUAUCAAUAGACUGGAGAAAUCAGACGUGGGCUCAUACUGGUGUGGCAUCGAAAAGCUGGGCCACAACAAUCAGUAUGCUGUGGUGAGACUUGAUGUUAAGAAAGGUGUCUCCACUCUGUCAGUAAGCAGUAGCCACAUCUUAGGUUUAGAAGGACAAGCGACCAGCAUGCAAUGUUCCUAUAAUUCGGGAUACUCAAACUUUGUUAAGUACUGGUGCCGAGGAGACAAGCCGAGGAAUUGUGUAACACUGUGUAAAACCAGCGGGACUCAAAGCAAUGGAGAUAAAUUUUUAAUCAGAGACAAUAAAUCCCGUGGAGAGUUUACAAUGACUAUCAAUAGACUGGAGAGGUCAGAUGCAGGCUCAUACUGGUGUGGUAUCGAAGAUCUGGGCUACAAUGAUGAUCAGGUUGUGACACUUAAUGUUAUAGAAGGUGUUUCCAGCUUGUCAGUGAGCAAUGGCCACGUCUCUGGUUUUGAAGGACGGGCAACCAGUAUGCAAUGCUCUUAUAAUUUGCGAUACUCAAACUUUGUUAAGUACUGGUGCCGAGGAGACAAGCCGAGUAAUUGUAUAACACUGCAUAAAAAAAAUGAGACUCAAAAAACUACAGAUAAAUUUUUUAUCAGAGACGAUGAAAACCGCGGAGUGUUCACAAUGACCAUCAAUAGUCUGGAGAGAUCAGACACGGGCUCCUACUGGUGUGGUAUUGAAAAGUUGGACAACAACAAGAGUAGUGCGGUGGUGAAACUUUCUGUUGUUGAAGGUGUCUCCACUCUGUCAGUAAGUGCAAACAACAUCUCGGGCUUUGAAGGACAAGCAGCCAGUGUGCAGUGCUUCUACCAUUUAGAAUACUCAACCUUUGCUAAGUACUGGUGCAGAGGAGACAAGUCUCGUAAUUGUGACAUACUGACCAAUACCAGCAAGCCUCAAACAAGAGGAGAUAAAAUUGUUAUCAAUGACAAUCAAGACCGCGGAGUGUUUACUGUGACCUUCAAUAGGCUGGAGAGAUCGGACUCAGGAUCAUACUGGUGUGGAAUCGAAAAGCUGGGCCACAAUGUAAAUGCAGUGGUGACGCUUACUGUUUUACAAGCAUUUCUGACUUCAGAAGGCAAUGAAACCAACGCAGCUGGAACAAUCAGGAAGAAUUUGCUUUCAAUAAUAGUGGGGAGCUGCGGCACUAUAUUCAUCAUUGCAAUGAUUGUGUUGGUUUUGGCUAUUUUACAUCGUAGAAGAACAGGUUUACAGAACAAGAGUGUGGACACCAAUGAUUGUUAUGCUACGAUUUCAAAUGUACAGGGUAUAAAUGAAAAUGAAUACAUGGUCUUGAACAGAAAAAUUGAAAAUGAAUACAUGGUCUUGAACAGAAACAAACUGCCCAGUGAAGCUCAGAAUAGAACGGGUGGUUCAAAUGGAAAAGAAGAAAAUAUCUACAGUGAGACUUAGAAUUGAAAUAAGAUCACUUUGAAAGCAUUCUGAACUAUAUGGUGUUUACUUCAGCAGCUGCUGCCUGAUCCAUAAUAAAGCUUAAAAGAAGUCCCAGUUAUAAACUGCCAUUUCAUUAUACUGUAUAUUUAGGACAUUUUUAAACUAUUAUGCUUUAAAUGAAAUACUGAUACUUAAAUAGCUAAGUGUUUCUUCAUUAUACUUUAAAUCUCAAAUUUUAUUAUUAGCAUGAAUAUUAAUUUUUAUAUAUUUACAUAUAUUUAUAUAUUUAUAUUGCAUUUCUUGAACCAUCAACACCAGGAAAGUGUUAGUUGCCCAACCCCACAGCCAACUGGACAUUCUGCAGUUUUUCAAAUGUUGUGACAUACAGAACACGCCUGCCUUAGAAAGCUGAACACCACUUUGGUGAUUUGGGAUUUCCAUGCAGCCUACUAACUGAAUGGUUCGAUUCACCAGUUGGACUUGGAGUUACCGGACCUUUCCUUUGUGGAUUUUCACCACUUUUGAAAUUUUCAUUUAUUCUUUUAGAAAACUUAAAUUCAAACUCAGAAUUUGCUCUUUUUAUUAAUAUUACAUUAGUUUUUUAUGUGAACCUUGCUUCCAUAUAUUGGAUUAUUUUUUGCUAGUGCGCUUUUUGUAUAUAAUUGUGAGAUUAACACAUUAUCCCUUGUCAACGUAACUUUAUUCUUGUAAUUUAAUAUGAAAUCGUUUUUUUAUGUGUUGUAUUGAUUUUGUUUCUUAAUAAACUGAUCCUCAUUU